AUGGCUGACCCCGCGGCAAACCUCCCACCCCUCCUCACAUCAACCCAACUCCUCGCCUUCACAACAUCCCUCAACCUCCCACCACCAACCCACACAGAGCCCCUCACAGUAACAGCAGCCUUUCACAGCAUCUAUCUCCUCCACUUUCCCCCUUCCGCUUACCCCAACCUCGCCCCGGCACGUCCCAACGCAGACGGCACCAUAACCCUGGUCCUCCGCGUAGCAGGCCCGCACUUACCACGCAUAAAAACAGAAAACGAAGUCGCCGUGAUGCGCUGGGUCCGGCAACACACCUCCGUUCCCGUACCCGCCGUGCUGCGCUGGGAUUCUUCUUGUGAGAAUGUGCUUGGGUGCGAGUUUACGCUAUUGGAGAGAGUCGAGGGUGUGAGUGCAGAUAAGGUGUUCUGGGAGCUGGGGGAGAGUGAAAGGAGGAGGCUUAUCGAGCAGCUUCUCGUGGGCGGGUUGAGGGUCGAUGACAAGGGGGAGAUUGUGCCGGGGCCGGUUGUGGAUGAGUGGUUUUGGAUGGAGCCUGAGAUUUCGCGGUGCUGGGAUGGUGAGACGACCGAGACGUUGAAUCCUGUUGGGGGUGCGUUCUCUGGGUGGGCGGAGCAUCUUGAUAAGAGCGUUGAGAAGUAUGUCUACGCUAUUGGGAGACACCCUUCGCUCGAGUGGAUGAGGGAUCUCGUGCCGCGGUUGGAGGCGUAUAGAGAGUAUAUUAGGGUUCACGCGGACGAGGUGGAUGAUACGCGGUAUGUACUCUCGCACCGGGACCUGCACCUCGCGAACGUCAUGGUGGACGGGGAGGGAAACGUGACGGGGAUUUUGGAUUGGGAGUUUGGUGGCGUGGUGCCUGGGCCGAGGUGGGACCCGCCGAAUGCGUUUUUGUAUCCUUGGGGCGGAGAGGAUGAUGAGAUUGUGGCCAAGGCAGAGAGGGAGAGGAUGAGGGGGUGGGCUAGGGAGGUUUGUCUGGAGAAGGGGAUUGAAGGGGAGGUUGUGGCUGGAUGGCCUUAUAAGGGCAUUCAGGAGACGGUGCAGAAGGUCGUGAACUUUACGAGGGCGAUUUGUGAGGUUUGUCCGAGGGGUCAGGAGGAGAAGGCGAGGGUGUGGAGGGUGAGUCUGGAGAGCGAGUUGACGAGGCUGGGGUUGUGACCGGUAUCAUGUUGGAUGUUUAGAAGUAGAAGACACACU